CUCGCCGACCUCCUCCGCUUCGCUUCCUCCUCUCCGGCGCACCGCCAUGGCCUCCUCGUCGUCCAGCCCAAGCUCAUCCUCCUCCUCGGAACCUAGUUCCUCCUCCUCACCGCCGGUGCAGGCCGACUUGGUGGGUGGCGGCUGGGAGCCUGCACCCGCGCCCCCGUUGGCCAUGUACACUCGGCCUCCACGUCCUCGGGGACGUGGUCGGGGCCUAGGUCCUCGCUACCACCCGAGGGCCAGCCUCCCCUACUACUCGCCGGACUUCACCGCGGCCCCCAGACCUGCUCCUCGACCUCACCUGCUCCUCGACCGCCGUGCUUAACGGGUCGUCUUCCUCGUCUUCGACGGCGGCUCCGACGACAGCCUCACCUGCCCUCAGCUGCUCCUCGCCCGCCGCGCUUGAGGAGUUGGGCUCGUACGCGCCUUCCUCGAAGGCCCCCCUCUUCACCGCCACCGUGUCCUCGGCGGGGACUUGGGCCACGCUUUCCUCGUCGACCUUCACCACCGGCGACUGCGAGGCGGCCUCGAGGGAGAUCUUCGCCCCCCUGUCUGCCACUUCCGUUGCGUCCUUGAUGGCGCCCACCUCCUCCUCCUCCUCUUUGCAGGCGCAGACCAAUGCUUCCGCCACCGACCAAGCAAGGCCGUCUUCAUCUUCUGGCCCUUCGGUGACGCCGUCAGAAUGGUGGGAGAGCCAGAUACCCUUUCUAAUUGAAGAGCUGCAGGACAGUGGUAUUCAGGAAGACGAUGCAGCAGAGCAGGCUUGUGGCCCUUCGGUGACGCCGUCAGAAUGGUGGGAGAGCCAGAUACCCUUUCUAAUUGAAGAGCUGCAGGACGGUGGUAUUCAGGAAGACGAUGAAGCAGAGCAGGAUGAAGCCAGAGCAUUAUUUGCUGAAAGUGGAGAUGAUGAGGAUGAGCUCCUUACCUGUUUGCCAACUCCUGUUGCAGCAUCCGAUGUUAGACGUUCAAGAUCUUUGACCAGGAUGUGUCGUAGAGGGAUAACUAUUGGACAAAUUUUGGCAUCUCAGCUUGGUCUCACUUCUUCGCACCUAGGAUCUAACCUAGUAUAUCUCAAGGAAGAAGUUGAUGUCGCCAAGUUAUAUUUUAGACACAUGAGCGAGUUUAGGUCCAAUGGGAAAGGUUGUGUAGCACGGAUGGCUAACAAAUCUGCGAAAAUCUCCAAAACAGUAAGUUCUUAGGGGGUGCUGGCUCAGCCUUGUCGUAUGGAGGGUCAGCUUUCAGUUCGGUGGGAUUCUUUCUCCAGAGGAUGCAUCCUGAAGCUCAGACUGGUGGGCUAAUCAAUGGAGUGAUCACAGUUGAAUCCAUUGAAGAAGCGCAGAAUGUGCUGACAUACUGGAUUGAUUCAAAGGAGCCACUUCUUGUAGAUGUACCAGCUGCCAUGGACGCUGACGUAGCUCAGAAGAUACUGAACCUAUUCAAGUCUGCAGGAGCACUAGAACUGGUGGAGAAGUCAACGGUUUUGAUGCAGAAAGUCUUCAACGGGCUUGACGAUCCUUCAGAUUGGGACAUGGUGUAGUUCCUCUUGAAGUAGUGCCAAUGUGCAGAAAAUGAAAUUGACAGACUGUAGUAGUUUAUCCAUACAUCUCCUCUGUAUUCAUCUUUGAUAAAAUUGGUACUGAACUGCCCAUCCCUUGUCAUUUCUUUGCUUCAUCUUUUGAUGUUUAGAUUUAGGGAUGAAGCAAAGAAAUGACAGCUGGUUCACCGGUACAGCUUGAAACAGGCUGUCGAGUUCAAUAAAAUGACAAGGUUGUUUCGAAA